AUGGCUAAUAAAAUGAAUUGCUUGCCUUGUUUCGCUACACACAAAGGCAGGAAAGUGAGCGGCAGAAGGGAUCACGAGCCUUCCUCUGACGAGGUUAUUCGAUCCAGAGUAUUGUUUGGUAAUGAGAAGCUGAUUGAUAAAGCAGGAAUGGAGGCGAACCAAUCACAGCACGCGAGGAUCGCGGCUCAAAAAUUCAGUUUCCGAGAGCUAGCCGCGGCAACCAAGAAUUUCCGUCAAGAACGUCUGUUAGGAGAAGGCAGUUUCGGAAGAGUUUACAAGGGAACUCUUCAGCCUAAUGGCCGGGUGGUUGCCGUGAAAAAACUUGACAGGAAUCAUAUGAAAGGAUGCAAGGAGUUUCUUGGAGAGGUAGCGCGAUUGAGCCUCUUACAGCAUGUAAAUCUGGUUAAUCUCAUCGGAUACUGUGCUGAUGGAGAUCAAAGGCUUUUGGUUUAUGAAUUCCUGCCUGGGGGUUCCCUUGAAGAUAAUCUACUUAAAUCUGAUGACGAAGAUAAGCCAGAAAUUGAUUGGUUUACCCGAAUGAAAAUAGCAUAUGGGGCAGCUCAAGCUCUAGAGUAUUUGCAUGACAAGGUCAAUCCUCCUGUCAUAUACUGUGAUCUAAAGUCCUCCAAUGUGUUGUUGGAUGAAGAAUUCAACCCCAAACUGUCUGAUAUUGGACUGGACAAGCUCGGUCAUUUGGCCGAAUUGCAGUCGAGGGUGAUGGGAACAUAUGGGUACAGUGCUCCGGAGUAUGCACGAUCGAAUCAACUCACAACUGUCGCCGAUGUAUACAGUUUCGGAGUUGUGAUGUUGGAAAUUAUCACAGGACGAAAGGCCAUCGACACUACCAAACCGGUGAACGAGCAAAACUUGGUCACUUGGGCUCAACCCUUAUUCAGGGAACCGAAGAACUUUCCGGACAUGGCGGAUCCUGUACUCAACAAGCAAUUCCCGGAGAGGGGUUUGAAUCAAGCAGUUGCAAUAGCAGCCAUGUGCUUACAAGAAGAAGCCACCGCCCGUCCUUUGAUGAGCGAUGUGGUGACGGCACUGAGCUUUCUUUCAGCUGCCACCGAAGAGAAUAACAUCCCUCCCUCUCUCCCUCUUUCCAUCUCAUCUAGAUUGCAUAGCAUCUCAACCAGGCUGAGCAUCGAGUGCGGCGGCGAUGGAACCGAGGACAGGCUGGGCGAUUUCCAAUCCGAAUCUGACAACUACCAAAGUGAUGAAGGAAAUGAUUCUUCCCCUAGCCAAAGCACAGCCUCAUGAGAAAAAGCAUCUCUGAUUAAUCAUCAAUCAUUAAUAUUAUUAGCAGAAUAUGACAGUGACAAUGAAAUGGUUCUUUCAGACGAGCUUAAAGCAGAGUAUUCUGCCCGGGGGAAGGGGGGGGGGGUUCCAUUGAUUCAUUAAUGAUUGUUGUG